AGUUCAACCAGCCAUAACUCCUGCCUCACCCCCGCCUACAGUACAGACAGUUGAUACGUCAAAUGUGCCUGGUAACGGUGUUUCUUUUUCUUUUGUUUUACGUUUCGUGAUUUUUUAGUUAGACUCGGGGCUUUACAGGUUUCAAUCCUUUAUUUUGCAAUGAUGCACUUUCAAAUAUGUUGAUGCGUAUUUUUUUCAAACUUGUGGAAUGAACCAGAUAGGGAUAAGUGCUAAACCUAUUUAAUGAUAAAAAAGGAUGUAAUUUUUAGGAAAUUAUGAUUUCAAAUCUUUAUAUUUUGGAGAAAAUAAAAAAAAUUACUGCAGAGAUACUUCCUCAUCUAGUGUGUGUUGUUCUGCUCAUUUGUAAACAAUGUUCUUCAACCCAGCAAAGACCUGUCAUUAUUACCUUGACGCGGCUUUUUAAUGAGACAUCAGAAGCACUGGGAGGUUCACGUACAAAUCCAGGUAUGAAGCGGGAAAUCGAGGAUAACUCACGGAAAAGAGGUGCCUUGUUUGCCAAGCUUAACAGUGGGGACAUCUCCAAAAAUGCCUCUGAAAAGCUUGUCCAGCUUUGUCAGUCUUUGGACAAUGGUGAUUUCGGUACUGCCCUUCAAAUCCAGGUGCAACUUACCGCUAGCGACUGGGAUGAUCAAGACUCGGCAAAGUGUGAGAUGAAUUAGAACGGUAAAUUUCACCCAGCAUUAGAAUUGGAGCUUGAAACUCAUUGCUUGUGGUUCUCUGCCGGGGCUCUAAUACCUUUAUGUAUACAAGAACACGCAUUUUCAGUUAGGUUACAGCAGGUUUAUGGUUCCAGUUUCUUGGUGUUUUAAAAGCAGUAAACAGAUGGAAGUUCUCAGGACAUUCGUGGUCUUUGCUGAUUAGUUUACAGUUAUAUUUUGUAGUGUGUAGAAAUAGAUAUUAGAAUUAAUUAGUCAUAAGUUUUUUGUCCACAGUCCAUGCAUUAAGUUGCUUUGGGUGAUUAGCUUCCAACUUCUUGUCCCUUGUGUGCUUGGGAGGCCAUUGAUUUGUACUUGUAAUGAACUAUUGAAUAAGAUUAAUCCCUGUUUAGUUUUG